UUUUUUUAAAUUGCAAUUACCUCAGGGCACAAUUUACAUUCCUUUUUGUUUACGGCUGUGUCACUGAUAGAAGGCGCAGGAGAACAUGCAGCACAUUUGAAGGCUUCCCACACAUAUUUAUCAGAGAAACACUGCUAAAUGAGGCCCACACAUCCAGACACAUGUCAGUGCAGCAUGGGACUCCUACCCUUCAUUUUAGGUAGCUGAUCAUCAUUUACAUUCAGAACAGAGCAAAACCUACAGCAGAAUCCUCUGAAGCGACAAAGAAAAUCUACUAAAACAUGCAAAAAAAUGCUUAUUUUCAAGAGGGAUUCUGCACAGUAGCUGUGUCGUGGUCACAAUUCACAAAUGAUCUGCAUUAGAGUAUCAUUAAAUGCUCCUGCAAUGUCUGUCACUGCUGUGAUUUGCCGCUCUAAAACAGGUUUACAAUCUGGAGAGGCUGAAAGGUGAUCAUCACCAUGGCUGACAAUAUGGGGUCGCCACAUUAUUUGUCUUCAUUUGCAGAGGGAAAAAAAGUCAUCCAGGAAGGCAGGAAGGGCUUUAUCAGCAGCCGUGAAUAUGGGUUUACAGAUGUCGUUAAAUGACAACUUAUAGAGUGAGAUAAACAAACACAAUAAUGACCGAGAGAGACGUGCGCCUAAAAUAGAUGGUGCUAUUUUUACACGGCUGUACGUUCGAGUCAACAUCUGGUCCAUCACUUUGGCAGCUUUAUAAAUAGCCACAUGCCUACCUUUGCAUGCAGCUUCAGUGACAUGAAAGGAGCUCUAGCUUUAUUGAAGACAUUCUGUUGAACUUGUGGUGCACUUUUAAUAAUAAUUGAUCAGUUUUUUGUAUGACAAUACUUCAGAUUGUAACAGGUGGACAGAAUGGCAAAAAGAGGAUCCUAUAAUUUACAAACUGAAUCCAUUUUACAUAAGUGGAUCUCUAAUAAUUGCCAAGCCUUGCAGCAAAAAUUAAAUUCAGGGAAAAAAAAGGUGUGAGUCAAAAAACUUUUCCGCCUGCAACCCGUAUAAAUCAUUUUCAAGGAUGUCAUAGCGAGUAUCAAAACGUUUUUUUCCCCGCCUUUUCCAAAACUGCAGCCAAAGGAUAUUUUCCCGAGGCGUAAUCUGCCGUGCCCACUCGAGUAUCCCAUAUGGCUAGUUAUAUAUAAUUUAGGACAUCAUAAAUAUACAAUAGCUGCCCUCCUCUGAGCUAACAGACGUGGGGAUCAGCAUCCAACAACACUUAUUCCGGUCUGUUGUGCUCGUUAAAUCCAGCAUGGCUAUGAGGCUUUGCUGCCGUGUAAUGCCUCUAACAACAAGUUGUUAAUUCAGACUGACAAUGGGCAGAUAUCUGGCAGACCAAGACCAGAUGAAACUGGAGUCCUAGAGACAUGGAGAAAAAGUGUAUCCCUCAGGGAAGGAUGGGGAAAAGGGGCAGAGAAGAUGGUGAAGGAACUUCAAAUGUACAUUUUUUUUAUUUAAAUAAGACAAAUAGGUAUUUUAAUAAUUUAAAUUGAUUUACAGAGAGAAUAAAUAUUAAAUUGGAUGCACCUCUGUAAAGAUUUAGAACAUUUUUUGAGUGUGACUUAAUUAAGCUGACAGAAUACAAGAUCUUUGUAAAAUUCAUAGUAAUGAGGUGUUGUCUUUUUUUCAAAUUUUCUUUCCUUUUUUCUUUUUUUUAAAUUUAUUUUUAUUUUUUACACUUAUCAAUUGUGUAUCAAUAUUUUUCAAUGUGUAACUUACUUUUAUUUAACAACAAUUUAUUUUUUAAUUUCCUGUUUUUAGAGACCAAAUUUUGCAAUUUGCAUGCAUUUUUGUGCAUAAUUAUUAUUAUUUUUGUUUAGUUUUACAAUGAAAAAUAGUUGUUUUAGUGCAUGAGAGUUUCAUGGACCAGGGAUCACUUUUUGAUCGUCAUUGUACCAGUGACAAUGACAAUAAAGAUCUAAAUCCAAAUGUUGAUAUAUUAUAGUAAUAUCUGGUCAUUUCUACUUUCAGUAGUAUCCUUGCCCAUAAAGCUCUUCAUGAUUUCUUUUUCACCUGUAAUGAGAAUAAGAAGACUUUUUCUCAUACAUUUUUGGGGGAAAAGUACACUUGUUUUAUUAACUUCAAUAGGUUAUCUCUAAUAUUUAUUAUCUUCAAUGGGUAAUUGCUUUGUGUUGAAAUUGAGAGGAACAUGUCUGCCCUCUAAUGGCUAAAAUAGGUAACAACACAUCAAUAUUUUUCUGGUAAAAAUUUUUCUGACUUUGAUUUCAACAUUAUUUUAAAAACAAGAAGAUUUUUUUAGAUCAGAUAUUGUAUUAAUUUGUGAAAUAUUAAAAAAAAAGUUUUAUUUUAAUUUUUUUGUAGUCGAGCUGUGAUGUAAAGCAAGAAAUUUCAAAUAUUAGUCAUUUCACAGGCAAAAGAGGUCAACCAAUGAGUGUUGUGUUUUCAGUCCACACUCAGGCUAAUGUCACGUGACGCACAUCAACUUUACCCUCCCCUUUUGUUUGCUUAAACACAUGUUACUCAUACCCCCCUGUGCUGGGCUCUGUCCUGUGUGAGCAGGUUAGGAUUAUAUAUAUUAUAUAUACAAAACGGAUUCAGAGCAGCCAUGGUUUUGAUGGCUCCUCUGUGUGUUCUGCUGCUGUGGCCUGGCUUCAACGCUCUAAGGACAACUCUACUAGACAAGAAACCUGUUAUUCUUUCCAGCAAUCACAAACAUCUUUCCAGUUCUGCUGCUGAAAUAUCAGGGGGUGUCCGUCUGCAUCGCUCGGCUGUGAUGCCUGAUAUCACACAUCUGGAGCUUUUGGUAGUGGUAGGGCCCGACGUCCAGCAGUUCCACAAGCAAGAUACAGAGAGAUACAUCCUCACCAACCUUAAUAUUGCCUCUGAGCUGUUGAGGGAUAUCACUCUAGGUGCUAACAUGAGGGUCCAUCUGGUCCGCAUGAUCAUCCUGUCAGAGCCAGAACCUGAGAUCCAAAUGUCCAACAACAUCACCUCCUCUCUCAAAAGUGUUUGUGAUUGGGGCAGGAGGAUCAACCCUUCCAACGACACGGACCCCCUACACGCUGAUCUCCUCCUCUACAUCACAAGGUAUGAUCUGGUGUUGCCCAAUGGGAAUAAGCAGGUCAGAGGAGUGGCACAGCUGGGGGGAGCCUGCUCCAGUGAGUGGAGCUGUGUGAUCACAGAGGACACAGGCUUUGAUCUGGGGAUCACCAUUGCUCACGAACUUGGCCACAGUUUUGGAAUUAACCACGACGGCGUGGGAAACACCUGCAGCAGGAGCGGAUUCAUGAUGGCCUCCGAUGGGGGCUACAACAGCGUUGAUUUGACCUGGUCGGCGUGCAGCAGACGGCAGUUCCUCACGUUUUUCAGUGAAGGGAAAGCAGAAUGUGUGAAAGACGUCCCUGCAAUGGAGGGCUCCCUGCAGGACUGGAAGCCUGGCUUGUACUACGGCGUCGAUGACCAGUGCCGGAUAGCUUUCGGCAGCUCUGCCAGAGCCUGCUCGUUCACUAAUCCUGACCUGCCAGCUUGUCGAGUUCUGUCCUGCCACGUGAACCCUGAUGACGACAGUUCCUGCAAACGCCUCCUGGUUCCUCUGCUGGAUGGAACAGAGUGUGCUCCUAAUCAGUGGUGUCUGAAGGGGCGCUGUGUGUCCCCGGAGGAUCUGGGCUCCUCUGCUGUGGUGCACGGAUCCUGGUCCAGCUGGACCGAGUUCUCUUCCUGUUCCCGGACUUGCGGUGGGGGGGUCACUCUGCGGACACGGCAGUGCAACAACCCAAGACCUGCGUUUGGAGGAGCUGUUUGUGAAGGUCCAAACAUUCAGGCUGAACUUUGUAACCAACAGCCUUGUGAGCGAACCCAGCUGGAUUUCAUGGCGGAGCAGUGUUCCCAAACAGAUCUGCGGCCCCUUUACCUGCUGCCAAACACGGCCUCUUUUUACACGUGGAUCCCUGCUCUUGGUUUUGCUAAAGGGGAUGAGCAGUGCAGAUACAUGUGCCAGUCGGACGGGGAGAACUUCAUAGUGAGUCGUGGCGCUCAGUUCAUCGAUGGGACUCGCUGCGAGUUUAACAAUCCACCUUCUUAUGGCACCACAGCCGCUUGUCUACAAGGAAAAUGCAUGCUGUUUGGAUGUGAUGGUGUGCUGCAUUCUGGGAAGGCGUACGAUGUGUGCGGAGUUUGUGGUGGAGACGGAUCGACCUGCAGUUUGACAUCUGGUUCCUACACUGAUGGUCAGGCUAGAGAAUACAGAACCUUCCUGACACUGCCAGUGAAUGCAACGCAGGUUCAUAUCAUCAACAGGGCACCUCUCUUCACACACAUGGCUGCUAUGAUUGGAGAUCAGUACAUUGUGUCUGGUAAAGGUAGCAUGGCCCUGAACAUGACACAUCCUUCCCUGCUGGAUGAAAGCCAUCUGAAGUACCUUCUCCACCUGACACCCGACCUUCUGCCUGAGAUGGAGGAGGUGCUGGUGCCUGGACCGCUACAACGAGAAAUAAAAGUACAGAUCUAUCGUAAAUAUGGAAAAGAAUAUGGUGAAAGGACAAACCCAAAUGUUAGCUAUCAGUUUUAUGUGCCAAACAAAACUAGCAAUCUAACAAGUUAUAAACCAAAAGGAAAAUGGGUCAGUUCCACAACCUCCUGCUCGGUGACCUGUGGAGCCGGUGUUCAAAAGCACAUAUACAUCUGUGUGGAUGAAAAUACCAACAGCCGCUUAAAUGAAAAUGACUGUUCGGCCCCUCUUCCAGCUGCCCCACUCCCCACAACUUGUCAGCUCUCAAUCUGCCCCCCCAGAUGGAUGGCAGGAAAGUUUGGAGCUUGCAGCGCCUCAUGUGGUGGAGGAGUGCGAGUGCGUCCUGUGCGAUGUGUUCAGAAACAGGGAUCAGAUGUGAUAAAGGUUUCUGACGCUGCAUGCUCCACUGAUAACGCCCCUUCCACCACUGAAAACUGCAACCUGCAAAACUGUCCUGCCAGAUGGCAGAUGUCAGAGCCAGGGAACUGUUCUGUGGUGUGCGGGCCAGGCCAAGCAAAACGUGUCGUGUCAUGCGUCCGGACAGAGGACGGUGUAGAUGUUGACGUACAUGAAAGUCUUUGUGCAAAACAGCUCAAACCGUCUGAUUCUGUGACCUGUGUGGUUGAUGUUUGUCCUAUCGGCUGGGACUCAAAGGGGGAGGAAGGGCGGAAGUCUACUUCGUUGCCACCUUCCAGACAGGCUCCUGUGUAUGUGUGGAGCCCUGUUAUCAGCCAGUGCACUCAGACCUGUGGCAACGGAACUCGGCAGAUUUUUUUUUCUUGUAUGGAUCACCAGACCAGACAAAGGGCCCUUGACUCUAACUGUGAUGCUUCUAGCAAACCUGAGCCGCAGUCUGAGAUCUGUGGCACACUGCCUUGUCCUCCAAAGUGGCGCUAUAAGCAAGGAGUUUGCAGUGUCUCAUGUGGAGGAGGAGUAGCCAACAGGGUUCUGUACUGCGCCGGAGAGGCAGAGGAAGAGGAGGAGGUGGUGGAGGAUUCCAACUGCAGCGACUUGCCAAAACCCACAUCAGUGGUUGCAUGUAACACACACAGCUGUCCUGCUAAGUGGAAGGUACUCGGUACGUCGUCUUGCUCUGCGUCUUGUGACCUGGGUGUAGCUCGCAGGAACGUGUCUUGUGUUCAGUAUGUUCAUGGCAAAGAGAGGGUGGUGCAGGAGGAAAGGUGCAAGGCAGCUAUCAAACCCGCCUUGACCGUGCCCUGUUUGGUGCAAGUCUGCACCUUAAGGUGGGAGGUGAAGCCAUGGAGCCAGUGUUCUGUUCCUUGUGGAUACGGCAUCCAGUCCAGGGCCGUGUCCUGCAUGGGCCCAUCAAAGCCAGCUCCCCUCAGCCCCCUGCUGUGCAUGCACAUGCCCAAACCAAUCACCAUCCAGGGCUGCUACAUGGGCGUGUGCGGAGACGUGGCUUUUGAAACCACGGCAAUCGUGGAAGUCACAACUCCUGCUCUGAUCAACAUCGCUACUUCACUGGUUCAUCUACCUCCAACCGAGGCGCCCACGGUCACCCCAACACCUCCUACCAGCGCAUGUGGACAACUGCUUCUGCAAGAAUCAGGAACAGUGGACUUGAGAAACGCAACCGGUCGCUGCACACUUUCCAUAGGUCGACCCCUUGAUGAAGUCAUCCACGUUAAAGUGAUAUCGAGCUCUUUAAACUGCAGGAGAAAGGAGUCUUUGGCUUUUUUUGACCGGCUAGUUUUUGUGAGGAAAUGUGAGCAGAUUGUGGGCAAUGAAGUGACGACCAGAACCAAUGUACUGCUUGUGCGUCAAACUCUGUUCAAUCCUGGAGAUGGUGUUGUGUUCACCUACAGCUCACAGAAGAAUGUGAAGAGGAGCCACCAUCAGGGUCAGUGGAUCUUUCAAAAUGAACCAAUAUCGACCGCGAAUCAUAUCAUCAACCAUGAAUUAUGAAAUAAAAUGAAUCAUUACACCCCUAGGCUGUGACAUUCAGCUGUUUUCCCAGAGAGGCACCUUUGAGAAUCCAACAACGCCAAGCAACAACCACACCUGCCGAGUGCUCAUCAGCGCCCCGCCACUGGUGAAGAUCAAAAUUCAAGCUUUGCAUAUUGGGUUAGA